AUGGAAACACGGUUAACACAUCCCAGCAGCCAAGCUCCCGCAACCGGUCGGGAAGUUUGCGGCGAGUUUCAGGCGCCGGCGGAGACUCCGCUCCGCACACACCGGGCACUCGGAAUGGCAGAGAGCAAGCGAAACCCAGAGGAGAGGUACAGCCUUACAGUCCUGAAGAAUGAGACCAAGCUCGUCAUGGAGGCCUUCCUGAGGAGGGCGCAGAAUGAGGGCAACUCUGUCGGCCAUGUUGGGCGCUACUACCAUGACGCAAGGAAGUUCAAAGCCAAGACCCCUGAUGGCCAGGAUUCCAUCUCCAUAAAAUUACACAAGCACAGAAAGUCGUCCCAUAAAGGGAGCUUUGAGAGAGAAGAUGAAAAAAGGAGAAGUCUGAUACAUUGCCAAGGACCUGAGGAAGAUGCAGGUUGGGAUACAACCGAUGAGGAAAUCUGCCAGGCAGAGGAAAAGAAACAUGGCUUCAAAACAGCCAUCAAGAAACUAAUUAAGCGGCAGAGAAAGAAGGUCAGUGAUGCUUCUGACAAAAAAUCUAUAGACUUCAUUGAAGAUAAUGGGCUUGUGAAGGAGGGUACUAAGCCUGAAUCCAAGGCCAAUUCCUUAAAGAGGCGGAAAAGCACCAAACCCUUGGUGGACAAUGUUAAUGCAAUGGCUUCAAUGGAAGGUGUCUCCAGGGUAGAGAAUGCCAUAGAGGAGAGCAGCAAACAUAAGAAGUCAGGACACCGGAAGUUUUUGGAAUUUUUUCGGAAAGGGCCCAAGAAAAGUGACAAUGCCCACCCAGAAAAAGACCAAAUGUCUCCAGUGACAUCGCCACGGCCCACAACACUCGCCCUGAACCUCCCCCCUACAGAGCAUGAAACUUCAGAAUUCUACUCGGAAGUGGCAAAAAAGUUGGAGAAAUUGGCACAAGAGUGCUGCGCCCAGACUGGGAGCAAUCAGCCAAGUCCAAGCAUUGAGGCUCAUCCACCAGAGAAAGUGAACAACAACGACCCACAGACUAACAACGAGAAUGCAAUUGAGAGAAUCGUACUGAUACUGCAGGAUCAAGGAGACAAAAUCAAUGAAAAGAUGAAGGACAACCCCAUUCUGCAACGUCCGAUGUCCUAUCAUUGCUUUACUCAGUUGGUCGAAGCCUUUACAGCCAACGUUGAAGGACAGAUCAAGGAUCCUGCCACCAGCCCUGAGCUGACGAAGAUCGCGCUGACCAUGGAACUUACUCGGAGGGUGGCUGGCAUUAGCAGUCACCCAGUACAGCAGCUGAUGGGCUACACCAUGCAGUACAUGGACAUGUUUGUCCCCUGGCUGCAGGAGCAAGGCGGAUGGGAGAAGGUGCUGCCCUUGGAUGAUGUCUCUGAACACCAAAUAGACUGACUUCAGCCAAACCCAGGGAAUUAAGAUGAAACUCGGGAGAGUUUGCCCUUGGCUAUUUGAACAAAGAAAUCAACCUACCUUUUAGAGCUGGAAAAUGUUCAAAAAGGUUUCAGCCAUCAAACACACGAGCGGGUUAAAGCAAUAUGAUGGGUCAGUGACUCCAAUCAAGUGAGAUGGGGAAUCCAACUUCAUGUGGGGUUGUCUACAGAGAUAUCUGAUGAAACGUGUUGACUGAUCCUACGAUGACAAUGGCUAGGUUAUUGUCAUAAGCUGUGGUAGAGUCUAUGCUAUCUGAGUGUGCCCUUUUUUAUGCACUAUUUUCUUUUUUAUCCUUCUCUGAGUAAAUCUAGUGAAGGAAGUUGCCAUCCUACUAAUAUAUAGUAAAAUUCCAGCAAUCCGUUCUCCAAUCAUUGAGAAAUCCCAAAGUUUUGGCAUCUGGUUCCCAUCAAACUCAUCAUUGGAAAAUUUAUUAUUCUAUACAUAUAACAGCUUUUUCUUUCAAAAAGGGAGAACUAAAGGAGUGUUGUAGUAUUAAUUGGAAUAACAUCCAGCGGUCUGGAAAAUCAGCUAGUUCGGCACCACCAACGUCCCAAUCAUACUGGAUUAAUGGAAUUUUACCGUAUAACCUAAUUUCUGGAUGUAAAAGCCAUAUAGAAUCCUAAAUCGUGCCUUAGAGACUAUCGUAAUAAUACAAGGAAAAUGGAUUGGGUUGAAAGUAUGGCAUUCGUUAGGGAGGAGGGGUGAGAGAAAAAUAUGCCUGACAAACCUUACCCAGAAAUCUACCUCGUUCUCUCCUACAGAUUUAAUGACUGGUGCAUUAAUAGUUGAAAUGUAAAGCAUUUGCAAUUUUUAGUUUUAGUCUUUUGAUUUGACUAAGUAGCUUGUAGUAUGUAGCUGUACAUAAUGGAGUUUGGUUAAUGUUGAUUGUCCACAACUUGAGUGGACAUCAAUGAGUAAAUCAAACUGAUAAAGUUCAGGAAGAUGUAGGUAGCAUUAACAUUUGUUUUUAAAGGGUGCCAGAUGAGUUUUAAAAUGCACUUUCAUAGGUAAAUGGGGACUUGUCCUAAUGGUGCUAUUUGGUGGCAUGACACAUAGUUGAUAAUAACAGCAAUCAAGUCAAUAAUGGGUCCUCGACAUUCAACUGUCAGGGAUAAGAGUCAAGUGAAACUAGUGCCUUAUCUGUGCGUACUACCUUCUGUGGGCAUUUAAGGAUUGGUACUGUAUGACUGUGGACAAAAAAGGAGUAGAGGGAGCAUCGUCCAAUAUAGUGCAGAAUAGCAUCUGAAAGUAUCGGAGAAUUUGCACUGUAACUGAGCAUCUCAUUCGUUCUGAAGUGAGUGUGUAUCAUCAGAAUGAGAUGAAUGUGUUCUUCCAUUCUAGCUGUGCUCUUCCCCUCUCCUCCUGUGUCUAAAUGUGGAAUCAUUUGCUACAUUUGUUGAAGGCAAUUAUGUUCCCAAUGGGGAAGCAUUUGUGUUUCUUGUGUUUUGUGUUUCUUGUCCUUUUGAACAAACUGUAGGUCCCAUAUUGGGAGAUGGCUACCUAAACUGUAGGUAAGGUUGUAGGUUUACUUGUACAGAGCUAUAGGUUUGCUUGCACAAUUUCUCCUUUGACAUGUGACCAUUCAUAUCAACACUUAACCAUUUAGAGGAAAAGACAGAUGGACCUUUUGGCUGACCACCUUCCAUUAAAUAAACCUCACCUUCCCUUAUCUAAACCUGAUCCAGGAGAUUACCCGACCUUCCUGUAGGUUGUGUGGCAUUGCUCUGGUUGAUCCAAUAUUGUAAGCAGGACCUCGGUAUACAAAGGAUAUUGUUAGUUUUCUGGGCUAUCAGGCAGGUUAAUCUUUGUUUGAUUUUUAGUGUACUUGAAGCAAACUGAGUUCCAGCCCAUCGUCAAGUUGCAGGGAGUUGACCUAUGGUGCAAGGGAAAGGGGUGGUCGUGCAAUGUGUAUGGAAGUACUUUGGGCCUCACCCUGUGUUUAUUUUGUUCUUUGUCCCAGCUACUGCAUAGUCUGGAACUUGGAGUGGGGCACUCAGUACAAAAUUGUGUCCAUAAAUGUAUCUCCCCAGAAUGACUCCAGGAAAGUUCUUUUUCAAUCCCCUGGUGUCAUGAAACUGACAAAGCCCUUGGUCUACAUAAGUUGGCUAGCUUCAACUGGAGGUAGAUUGAGAGGUGACUAUAAUUGACCUCCAGGGCCACUGACUAGAGACUCGUGUACGUGAUGUCAUUGGGUGAGGGGAGAAUUGAGACCUGCAGUGAAACCUGUGCCAAUCAAACAGCCUGUUGAUACUUAGUAUGCAGGGCUGAGAAAUAGGUAGAUUCUUAGAAUGUGGAUCCAUAGUGCCAUAUAUGACUUCAUGCACAUCGGAAAAUAAAAUGAUUUUAAAACUGUUAAGUUGAGGACAAUCUUUUACAGACUCCUCAAUUGUUGACCAUUACCAUAAAAUUAAAUGUACAAGUUGUUCUAUUUUAUAAAGCUGCAAAUCAGAAAAUAUUGUACAUGGUUCCUCCACGUUAACUGAACGGCUAUGAACUCUGCAGAGUGAUAUGUUCUGUGUACUUGACUCUGGUAAGCAGAUCUACGUGGAAAAAAUAUUUGAAUGUCUUUUAUGUAAAUUGUAAAAUUAUUUUUUUUAAAGAUUUUGUAGUUUUAUUAAGUAUUGGGUAUUAAGCUGUGAGGCUAUGGUUGCUCUGGAUUCUCUGUGAUAUGCACACCAACUUUUGUGGGCAUUUGUGUUUUAGAAUGUUUACAGGAGAGAGAGUUCAUGAAUAAUCAAAGCAUCAUACUUUAUUAUACAAAUAACUCAAUAGGCUUUGCAUCAGUUGAAUGUGAUGAAGUCUGUCUGGUCAAUUUUUUUUAUUUAAACAUUCUUAGCUCUUUGGCCUAAACAAUAUUUCAGUAGCCUAAAACUACAUUGUGGACCCAGAUCUGGGGGACUAUUGGGGUUUUGCACUCAAUCUGGUUUCAAUCAGUUAUAAAUGGAUUAAGGCCAAAGCAUGAGACUAACUCUAACGUUGGUAGAAUUGGCAGGAGGGUGAUUGAAUGGAGGAAUGGGUGGUUGACCCUUGUGAGAUAUCUCAUUUCCUGCCAACACAUGCCCAUCUUAACCCUUCAUUUUUGGUUGAGGAUGUCAAGGAAUGUGGAUCUAAUACAAGGGAGUUACAGAUCAGCCAUGAUCUAAUUGAAUGGCAGAACAGUUUCAGAGGACUGAAGGGCCUCCUCCAAAGAAUGGCUGUUGUGCCAAAGAUCUGCCUUUGCCCAUGGAACCCAACGCCCAGCAGGGAUUGUCCCUCUGGCGAUUAAGGGAAUAAGACAAAGUGAAAACAUGGAGACACAAGAGACUUCAGAUGCUGUACUCUGGAGUAAAAAAACAAACUGCUGGAAGAACUUAACAGGUCAGGCAGCAUUUGUGGAGGGAAAGGGAUGGUUGAUGUUUUGAAUCGAGACCCUGCAUCAGGACUGAAUGUGUAGGAGGAGAUAGCCGGUAUAAAAAGGUGAGGGUGAGACAGGUUGGUAGGUGAUAGGUGGAACAGAUGAGAUGGCGGGGGGGAAAUGAUGGGCGGAUGGAGCCAGGUCACCAUAACACAUCUUACCCUCUUUUCUCCCCCUGCCCCUUCUGAUUUCUCCAUGACUCCCUGGUUCACUCAUCCUUCCCCACCACCCCUGUGUGUCCCCUGGCGCUUUCCCCUGUAACCAUUAGGAGGUGCAACAUUUGUUUCCUACACCUCUUCUCUCACCGCCAUUCAGGAACCUAAACUGCCCUUCCAAGUCAGGCAAAGAUUCGCAUGCACCUCCUCCAACCUUGUCUCCUGCCUUUGGUGCUCUCGAUGUGGACUCCUCUACAUCGGCGAGCGUUUUGUGGAGGUCCACGAUAGCCAUCCUACUGUCGACAGCAUGCCAUUUGAACUCCCCUCCCGAUUCCCACACCAACCUGUCAGUCCUCGGCCUUCUCCACUGCCAGGGUGAGGCCAAACACAAACUAGGCGAACAGCCCCUUGUAUUCUGCCUGUGUGGUCUACAACCCAAUGGUAUGAAGAUUGAAAUUUCCAAUUUAAGGUAACCCUCAGCCCCUUUGUUCCUUUCUCUCUCCUCCUCAUGCACUCAUCCUCCCUCCUACUUUUUCCAACCCUGCCCUUGUCCACCCCCCCAUUACCCAGUUUCAUUGCCCAUCCCCACCUGGUUCUUUCUGCCCAUCACCCUCACAUUUAACCUACAGACCGUCCUAUCCUCUUCCCCCACCAAGUUCCAUCUGCCUAUCACCCCUCCCUUUGUCUGGUUCCAUUUAUCACCUUCCUUACUUACCAGAUUCCAGCACCUACAUUCCUACUGGCUCCAUCUGCUCACGAUCCCCCUCCUCAACUGGUUCCAGCUACCACCUGAUAAUCACCUAUUUACCUUCCUCGAUGCCUUUGUUUCUCCUUCUCCACCUAUCUCCUGCCUCACCCACCCCCCACCUCACCUUUUAUACGAGCCAUCUCCCUUCUACACCCUCAGUCCUGAUGCGGGGUCUUGACCCAAAACAUCAACCAUCCCUCUGCCUCCAUGGAUACUGUCUGACCUGAAUUCCUCCAGCAGUUUGGGUUGUUUUUGUUUUACUUAAAUGCAAUGAAACCGUGGGCAAGGCUAGAUGCGAAUACUGUGAGCUUGUGUAACUGCCUGUCUGUCCUACCCAGGAACUAAACUGUGUCUAUGAAUCACUGAAACAUUUAAAGAUUUUUAAAAGUUUUGCUGGGGGAUGGAGAUUUUAUAUGAAUUAUUUGAUGCUUUAAUUGGUAA